CCCGAAUUCUCUAGCUGUUGUAGUUUUUCAAAAUGGAAGCCAUACUCUUAUCAAGAUCGCGUAAAUCUUUCAUCUUCUUGCCGAUCAUUGUUUCUGCCUUUUGCUUCUACUCAGCAUUUGCAGAUGAAGGUCCGGCGCAAACUCUUACAAAUGCCUUGUUGUGCUUCAACAAUAAGUUUAUUUACAAUAGAUGCAGUGAAGCAUACAGAUUAAACCAGAGUGGAGAUCUAAGUGUUCCACCAGAAGCAACAGAUGAGUUCUGCAAUGGGGCUUGCCUAUCGGAGACACAAGGUAUGCUCAGUUGCAUUGAUGACAUCGUUUCUGGCUUCCUAUUCUACAACAAGGCCACAACUCGAGACAUAACAGGCACACUCCAUUCUGCUUGCAGUUACACUAAACAAAGAGGUAAAAUUUUAUGUGUCCUAAAUGGCCUUCAUCCUUUCUCUACAUUCUUCCUUUGCCCCUCUUUCACACACACUUUCCUACCGCACGAUCACAGCGAUAGAUUAUAAAAUAACGACGCGCCUAACUGGUCGCCAUAUCUUUGUCAAACACGUCAGGGGCACCGACAUGCCGGCGAUACAUGAGGAUGCAUCUGGGAUACACCAAAUGGCGUGUCUAGUUAUUUAUAACAAU